AAUAACCUUAUCAUCUUAUCAAUCAUUUAAAUUUUUUCUUUUUUUUCAUCAAAGAUUUUGCUCCAGUGUGCACAUUGUGUGAUUAAGAUGUCUUAAAAUAUUAGUUACUAUUGCUUACCAGAAAAUGGAAACAGAAGAAAAAUCCAAAAUCUGCUCAAAUGAUUGUGAUAAAGUUAUUAUAAAGAAAGAGAACUUCAAAACUUAUGAGGUCAAGAUUGAAACCAUCGAUGUCAUCGAGCAAUUCAUUGAAGAUGAUAAAGUCUUUGAUCGUGAAGAAUUUUCAUUGAAAACUGAAAGUGAUAUCACCCCUUUAGGAUUUAUCGAUGAAAAGAAUAUUUCCUCCCAAAUAAUCAAUCAAGUGAAAGAUCAAGAUGAAAAUUUCAAUGAAAUUAAUAGGAAAAAAAUUAAAAGAAAUCGCUCAAGGUCUGCCAGUUCAGAUGUGAAGCAAUUCAUUUGUCACUUGUGCGAUUAUUCUGCGAAGAGCAGAUAUAUUCUCAGAUAUCAUAUAGAUGCUGUCCAUCUAAAACUGAAACAUUAUCAUUGUACACUUUGUGAUUAUUCAGCGUCUUUUAAAGGAACCCUGGACCUCCACAUAAACUCGGUACAUUUGAAUUUGAAGCCUCAUAAAUGUCCUUAUUGCGAUUACGCCGCUAAUCAAUCAGCCGACCUGAGAAGUCACGUGAAUUUCGUUCAUUUAAAUUUGAAGAAAAAGUACCAGUGUCAGCUCUGCGAUUUCGCUUCGAAUCGAAGGCACCAACUCGUUAUUCAUACAGAUUCUGUCCAUCUGAACUCCAAAAAACAGAAGUGCACAUUUUGCGAUUACGCAGCAAACCAUAGAACCCAUCUUAGGAAUCAUAUAAAUACCGUUCACAUCAAUUUGGAGCAGAAGAAAUGUCACCUGUGCGAUUUUACCACAAAUAGCUACGGUGGCAUAAAAAGGCAUAUAGACGCCAACCAUAUAAGACCAAAGCAAUUUAAGUGCGAAAAGUGUAAUUACUCGGUGAACCAUAAAGGGUCUCUGAAGAAACAUAUGGAUUCUGUGCAUUUCAAAUUGAAACAGCAUCAAUGCCAUUUGUGUGAUUUUGCAACACACAGAAAGUGCCACCUCAGGCAACAUAUAGAUUCUGUCCAUUUGAAUUUGAGGAAAUAUAAGUGUGAUCUAUGCCAACAUGCUUCGAAUCAUCCCUCCGAUCUCAGGAAACAUAAAAAGAACAAGCAUUUCAGUCCUAAAGUACCGAAAAAAUAAGAACAUACAUAUCGAUUCUAUCCGGAAUAGAAGUAACGUGAGUAUUUUAUUACGCACUUACAGUCGAUAAGUGAUUAAGUAUUUGAAAACAUACAAAUUCAAGAGGAUUCAAAAUAAUUUGUCUGGAAUAUGAGAUCCAAGUUUAAUUUUGAUUUGUUUAUGGGGGGAUUUUUC